AUGAUUCCGUUGAUGCAUACCGUCACGUCGAAUGAAUUAAAUGAGAUUUCGAUUUUCAGAUGCUCGUUCGUAACCACAGACUCUUCGUUGGCGAAAAUGGUGCAAGAUACUCGACUUCAGAUGAGAAUGAGAGCAGAAAACUGCAGGAAAGGAGUUUCCAUUACUCCUCUCCCACCACCUGUCGGAUACAAUCAGAGAGUGGGCUUUAACCCGUCGUCUUCAAGGAGUGGGUACGGAAACGAUGAACCGACGUCGUCACCCGGUGGAUACGGCAACGAGAUCGACCAAGGCGGAGUGACCAGCGCGAUUACGAUUCAGAUAAUUGGUGAAUCAAUACUGCAGCUGAACAAUGAAGCACACGAUUCCGAACCACCACCAGAAGAGGACGUUGGUAUGAUAAGCAAUCCAGUCCCUAAUCGCGAAGAAUUUUCAAGAGCAAUUUCCACAAAAGAAGGCGUCCUGGUAGUGAAUGUGCAUCAAGCCGAGCCACCUAAACAUAUCGGUCCUCAAACUGUGGAAUCUCAUGAAAAAGCAUUCGAGCACGCAAUGAAAAAUACGAACGAAUACAAGGCAAAAAUGGUCGAAGUGAAAACUGGCGAUACCGCUCGCGAGGCAUUGAAUAGCCUCCUGCGAGCUGGACAGGCCGCUGACGGUGAGAAACCUGUCGCUGUAGUGUCGUCCGGACCGAUCAUUUCUGGCGGAAUUGCACCGGCAAAUCCUAAAGCAUCCGGAUCUAUGCGGCCUUUGCAAACGAUCACUGACGAUGAUGAUGAGGAACAUGGAGAGAUUGUCACGUCUGUUCCAGUAAUCUUUGUCGGCAAUCAAAAUAAGGUAUCUUGA